AUGAAGCCGUUGGGUGGAGGAAAUCACUCAGUACUAUCUGAAUUUGUGUUGCUGGGACUCACGAGUUCUUUGGACAUGCAGAUUCUUCUUUUUCUCUUUUUCACCACGUGCUACGUAGCCAGUGUGCUGGGAAACCUCCUCACCAUGCUUACCAUCAUCUCAGACUGCCGCUUGCACUCGCCCAUGUACUUCCUGGCGAACCUCUCCUUCAUCGACACGGGUGUGGCCAGCAUAGCGUCUCCAAAGAUGAUGUACGACCUCUUCAGAGCGUACAAAGUCAUCUCCUUGCACGGGUGCCUCACUCAGAUGUUCUUCAUCCACACGGUGGGAGGAACAGAGAUGGUGCUGCUCGUCGUCAUGGCCUACGACCGGUAUGUCGCCAUCUGCAAGCCCCUCCACUACCUCACCACCAUGAGCCCCAGAACCUGCGCCUGUCUUUUGGCUCUGGCCUGGACUGUGGGCCUGCUCCACUCCGUGGCCCAGUUGGCCUUUAUGGUGAACUUACCCUUCUGUGGCACCAACACCAUGGAUAGCUUUUACUGUGACUUUCCACGGUUCAUCAAACUUGCAUGCGCAGACUCAUACAGCCUGGAGUUCUUGGUGGCUGCUAACAGCGGCUUCAUCUCCACAGGCACCUUCUUCAUCCUGAUGGCGUCUUAUGUCUUCAUCCUGGUCACGGUCCGGAAGCGCGCUUCGGGUGGCUCUCCCAAGGCCCUGUCCACCCUUUCAGCUCACGUCACCGUGGUGGUGUUCUUCUUCGGUCCCUGCAUUAUUGUCUAUGUGUGGCCAUUCCCUUCCCUACCCAUAGAUAAAUUUUUAGCUGUCUUUGAUGCCCUCAUCACUCCUUUUUUGAACCCUGUCAUCUAUACAUUUAGGAAUAAGGAGAUGCAGGUGCCAAUGAGGAGACUUUUUGAUAAGGCUUUAGUAAGUUUGAGAAAACGUUAUUUCAUGCGUGGAAUCUAA